AUGACUCCACCAAAAAAGAAACAAAAGAAAGACAAUUCAACCAGUGCAAAUGGAACAUCAAACUCCAACUCAGAUUCAACUUCAAGUACCCCAAAAUCAUCUACCACUACCAAUUCAAAUUCAAAAUUAUCAAGAAGUAUAAGUGCUUGUAAACGAUGUAGAUCCAAAAAGAUAAAAUGUGAUCUGAAAUUCCCACAAUGUAGUAAUUGUUUACAUCAUAAAGUUGAAUGUGUUGGAGUUGAUCCUGUUACUGGUAGAGAAAUACCAAGAAGUUAUGUUGUACAUUUGGAAGAGACUAUAAAAAAAUUGGAACAACAAUUAAUUAAUCAUGGAGUAAGUACAAAUGGGUUUGAUUAUAAUUCUCAAGGAAAUCAAUUCAGUAAUGAUCAAACAAUUCUCACUCCUUCAGUUCAAAUACCAAUAAAUCAAAUUUCAAAUAAUCCACAAUUUCAACCAGUUUUGAGUAGGAACAAUUCUUCAAAUAUACCAAAUAGUUCAGGAAAAGGAGAUAUAACUUUUUCAAAAUUAAUGUCAACUGCUGUUAAAGUACAAAAGAGAAAUAAUGAGAAAAAACCAAUUAAUGAUUCUCAAAAUGGAACAGUAACAGAAGAUGAAGACAAUGAUUUAUUACAUUCAGCAGCAGUAUUACCACCAAAAUCAACUGCUUUACAAUUUUGUCAAGUGUUUUUUCAUCAAUGUAAUGCACAAUUACCUUUAUUUCAUAGAGAAGAAUUUAUUCGAGAUUACUUUAUACCAAUAUAUGGACCGAUUGAAUCAUCAAAAUUUAAUUUUGCAAGUAAUAAUGGCAGUAUUGAUGAUUCAUUUUGGACAAAUCGAAAUUAUGAUGGUUAUUGGUUUGAUACUUAUAAAUUGGAAUUUCAAAAUUUAUUGAGUGAUAAAAAUGAAGAUAUUAGAUUGAUUUCAAAUAGUAUUAUACCCCCAAAAAGGUAUCAUAUCCCUUUGUUUUUUUUGAACAUGGUUUUUGCUAUUGCUUCAUCAGUUCAUCACCUAAGGUAUCCAUCGCAUAUAUCUGAAUCUUUUAGAUUAGCUGCUAUGAAAUAUUAUGAUGAUGUUAAAGAAAAUCAAGAUCGUUUAUUAGCUUUACAAGGAAUUUUAAUCUAUGCAUAUUAUUCAAUCAUGAGACCUACUAAUCCAGGUAUAUGGUAUAUAAUGGGUGAAGCUUUAAGAAUUUGUGUUGAUUUGGAUUUACAAAAUGAAUUAAAAACAAAAUCUAAGGAAAACGUAAAUAUCGACGCUUAUACUAGAGAUAAAAGAAGAAGAAUAUUUUGGUGUACUUAUUCAAUCGAUAGACAAAUUUGUUUUUAUUUAGAUAGACCUUUUGGGAUACCUGAUGAAAGUAUAAAUACUCCAUUACCUACUUUACUAGAUGAUCUGAAAUUAAAACCACAAGAUCCAUUACCAACUGGAGAUAUUGACGAGCCUAGUUAUAAACAUAUUUCUUUAGCUUUUAUAAAUGUUAGAAAAAUUCAAAGUGAAGUUACAAAAAUUUUAUAUACAAGUUCCGAGAUUCCAAGACAAUUUCAAGAUUUAAAUCAUUGGAAAUCAGAUGUUCUUUCAAGACUUAGUGAUUGGUAUCAUAAUUUACCUACAGCAGAACAAAGGAAUUGUGAUUUUAAUUCUAUUUUUUUCAAAUUAAAUUAUCAUCAUACUUUAUUAUAUAUUCAUGGUUUAGGUCCAAGAAAUUUUAAUUUAUCUUGGACUGAUAUGCAACAGGUAUCAGUAUCAUCAAAAGAAAUAACAGAUGUUUAUUUUGAGUUAUUAUCCUCAAAAUCUGUUAAUUAUACAUGGGCAGGAGUACAUAAUUUAUUCAUGGCAGGAAGUUCAUACUUAUAUACACUAUUCAAUAGUGAAGAAAUAAGAAAACAAAAUCCGAUUGAUUUAGUAUUAAAAGUAACUUCAAAUUGUUUUCAAAUCCUACAAUCUUUAAUUGAUAAAUGUGAAGCAGCAAAUUAUUGUUGUGAAAUUUUUCAUAAUUUAACUAAAGUUAUUAUACAAUUAAAAUAUCCAGGUGAACAUAAUUUUGAAGGUCCAAGAAUAAGUAAAGAAUCAAUAUAUCGUAUUAAUAAUGGAAAUGUUAAUCUGAAUCUUUUUAGUUUAAUAAAUGAAUUAGAUCAUUUAAAUCCAUUAAUUUCUCCAAGUUCAGAAUUAGUUAGUGAUCAAAUUUCACCAAAAUCACAUCAAAAUCCAGUACAACAAACUCAGGUCAAUCAUCUUUAUCAACGCCACAGACACGAACAAGAACAACAGCAUCAACUACUACAGCAACAACAACAACAACAGCAGCAGCAACAGCGACAACUACAAACUGAGCAUGGUCAAACAAAAAAUGAAUCUAAUGCAUUACUUCAAUUUGAAAACUUUGAAUGGAAUGAUGUUGAUUUCGACUACUUUUUUGAGGAAUUGAAUCAUAAUCGACAACUGGAAAAAUCAAGUCCAACUACUAAUAGGGAAGGUAAAAUGUCAUUUGAAUUGUUACAUAAUAUGACUAAUGAUAGAAUUUGGGAUGAAUUUUUUACAUCCAAAUAG